AUGCAAAUUGGAAUUGAUGAAAAUGAUCCUAAUAUUCUUCAUUUUAAUGUUGAAAUUGAAGGUGGAAAAACUUGUGAUUUAAAGUAUAGAAUUGGUGACAAUGUGUUUACAGCAGCACAAGAUUUUUUAACACAAAAUAAUUUACCACAACAUCAUCUAGACACUGUCGCUCAUUUCAUUACAGAAAAUACACAAGGGUUUAAACCACAAACAACUAUUUUACCUGCUUUACAAAGAAAAAAAUUCCCUAUUAAAAAUUAUGAAAAAUUACAAGAAUUACUUAGAGUUGGAUGUCGUACUGAUAAUGAACUUAUUGCAAUUGCUACAAUGGCUCAAUUCAUUAAAUCUGGGAAAGGGUUUUAUUUAACAAUUGAAAUGAAAACAGCUAUUGCUAUUUUACUUGAUUAUGCUCUUCAACACCAUGAAAUAUUACCACCACUUUUUGAUCUUUUUGGAGGAUUAUGUCUUAAAUGUCUUGAUUCUGUUAAAUAUUUUGAAACUAUUUCUGCUUAUUCUCAACUUUUUGGUGUUGUCUCUUCAAUGAUAGAUAAUGGCACAAUCACAAUGCCUAUUAAAAUCAUGUUUAUCAAAUUUUUAGCAAAUAGUUUCAUUACUACUCCACCUGAAAUGUAUAUGAAUAUGGUUUAUUCAACAUAUGGUAAAUUAUUACCAUUUUUGCUUAAUGAAAUGACUCUUGCUGUAACUAAUAAUAAUUUAAAUAUGCAAGGAGCUAUUGCUGGUGUAGUUUUAAAUUUAUCAAUAAGUGCAAUUAAUUCAAGUAUUGCUGGAAUGCUUGCAGAUGGGUUAUAUGAAUUAGCAUCACAACUUUAUGUUAUUUCUAAUGAUGAAACAAUUAGAGCAAUUCUUUUACUUUCUAUUGGUAAUUUCAUUAAACAAGAUGUACUUGCUAGAAAUGAAUUUAUAAAGAAAGAAGAAUUAAUAACAAGUAUUAAAGCUUCACAAAACCAAAACAUUCAAGCAAUAUGGAAAGAGAUAAAUGAAUUAAUCUAUGGAGUAAGUAAUUGA